AUGUACUUUCCGUUAGGCUGGCCAAAAGUUUUGGCUUCAGCGCACGCUGCUGGCACCCUUGUCCAAGUGAUAUGCAACAGAGACAAAAUUCUAUUUGCUAUACUUUCCAUCGAGCGACUAGAAAUAUGGUUUUGCAAGCCAUGUGUAAAAAUCACAUCUUACACAAGAUCUCCACAAAGUCUUGAUGAAAUUGGUUUUAAUCUACGUGUAGAAUGGAGACCAGAUUCCAGUAUGUUAGUCAUAGUGACUACAAAAGGUUAUUUAAUAUUUUACAAUUUGAGCAUUAUUGGUGAUCCUGGAAGCUUAUAUCAUUUAGAAGAUUCACACAUUUCUAGUCUAAAAAGAGAAAAUGAUGAGCUAUUUGUAAAGGAGACCAUACCAUCUUUACAUAUUAAACAAGAUCAAAUUGCUUGUGUUGAUGGUAGUGUUGAAUGUAUGGCUUGUAUUCGUGAUGAAUUAAUGGUGUCUACUUGUAAAGGACAUGUAUUACGAUAUCAUUGGAAUGGUUCCAUCAAUCGAGAUUACUGUUUAGAUCUUCGUAGAACACCAUUUUCUAUUGAUCUACAUGUUUCUAAUGCUGCACCAUUAACUACAAAAGACACUUUUAUUGUUGAUAUGGAAUACUCACCAUUAGUUGGAGGUUUUGGAAUUAUUUUGAAUGAUGGUCGUGCAGCACUACUUACAGCUUCAUCUUUAAAAUUUGACCCUAAUCAAGUUCAAGGCAUUUGGGCUCCUAGUAUUGAUACUGCUACAUGUACAAGCUUGAAUCACAAGUAUAGAUUGAUUGCAUAUGGACUAAAAAAUUCCCAAGGCAUAGUGUUUGGUCUCGAUGAACAUACUGGUGGAUUACAGUUAUCUCACAACCUUGUGAUUCCUAGUCAAGUAUGGCCAGGUGGAGGAUUAGGUUUUGUGAGAUGUACUCGAUGGACACCUGAUGGCUGUGCUUUAGUAAUGGCUUGGGAGAAUGGUGGCUUCGCCGUAUGGAGUACUUUUGGAGCUCUGUUAGUUUGUUCAUUGGCGUGGAAUUUCAGUGUAAACAUUGAUUUGAGCUCUAGAAAUCCACUCAAUAUUAUUUCUAUGGAAUGGUCUAUUGAAGGCUAUCAAUUAUGGAUGAUUAAUGGAGCCUCUAAAGAUACACAUGAUGAUACAGUACUACAAAUGUCAUUUUUAAAAAGCGCUCUUGCUGUCAAUCCCACAAUGAGCCAUCGUCCACAUUUGUAUCUCCAAGGUGAAGAUAAAUUGUAUCUGAAUGUAACAUCAGGUUUAACCAAAGUGUAUAAAAUGACUCAAUCCAAUAACAAAACUAAAGACCAAUUAACCAUCACCAGUGCUUUAGUUGAAAAUAAACAAUGGAUAAUUGUUUAUGCACCUUCUCCAUAUUUGGGAACCAAUUGGCCAAUUAGAACAUCUUGUAUAGAUGAUGAUGGAAAACAUAUAGCAAUUGCAGGGCGUUGUGGUAUUGCUCAUUAUUCUUUAAUUACCCAUCGCUGGAAAUUAUUUGGCAAUGAAAUACAAGAAAAAGAUAUGAUAGUAACUGGUGGAGUCUUAUGGUGGCGAUGCUAUAUUAUAUGUGGAUGUUACAGCGUGCCCGUUGAUGAACAUCAAGUGCGAAUAUAUAAUGGAGAUUCUAGAUUAUCUAAUGAUAAUAUGAUUUCGUACCAAUUAACUGGACAAGCUUUAUUACUUGAUUGUUUGGGAAACCGAUUAGCUGUUUUUUGUUCUGAUGGGAUUGUUAAUUUAUUUAACAUUGAGCUUUCACCUAAUCACAAUAUGGCUAUAUUGGAUAGAGUACAGACUAUUGAUAUGUCAGCUUUAUGUAUACAUCCUACUUGUGUAGUUUCUGUUUUACUUACAACUUUACGUAUUGAACCAAAAAUUAAAGGUUCUACUGUAAGAGAUAAUUUUUUACUCAAUAUUAAUGGGAAUUUGCUGUUAGUAAAUCAGCAAAGCUGUGAUGAUCAGUCACAAGUUAUUCCAUCUCCAAUUUUAUUGGCAUCUUGUGUUGAGAAUGCUUGGGUUUCAAGCCAAUACCGCCGUGAUAAGCCUCAUUUGACUGAAGCCCUUUGGUUAUUUUGUGGUGCUCAUGGAAUGAGAGUUUGGCUUCCAUUGUUUCCAAAAAAUGGAGAUAAGUCACACACUUUUAUGUCAAAAAGAAUUAUGUUGCCAUUUCAACUUAAAAUUUAUCCAUUAGCCAUACUUUUUGAAGAUGCUAUUUUAUUGGGUGCAGAAAAUGAUACAUUACUGUACACAUCAGAUACUACUACUGUUUUUUCUUUGCCAUUCUGUCAAGUAGAAAGAACGAGUCAAGUAUAUUUACAUCAAAUUUUGAGACAAUUGAUACGACGUAAUUUGGGUUUCCAUGCUUGGGAAGUUGCUAGGUGUUGUACAAAUUUACCAUAUUUUUCUCAUUCUUUGGAACUCUUGUUGCAUGAGGUUCUAGAAGAAGAAGCUACCAGCAAAGAACCUAUACCAGAUGCUCAGUUACCUAGUGUUAUAGAAUUUAUACAGGAAUUUCCAAAUCUGUAUUUAGAAACUGUGGUUCAAUGUGCUCGUAAAACAGAAAUUGCAUUAUGGCCUUAUUUAUUUUCUGCAGCCGGUAAACCUAAAGAUCUUUUUCAAGAAUGUCUUAAACGACAAAAUUUAAAUACUGCUGCUUCAUAUCUUAUAAUACUUCAGAAUUUAGAAUCAUCUUCAGUCAGUUGUAAAUAUGCUACUUUGUUAUUGGAUUCAGCCUUAGAUAGUUGCCAAUGGGAUUUAUCUAAAGACCUUGUCAGAUUUUUGAAAGCAAUUGAUCCAAAUGAUGCAGAUUCCCCAAGAACAUCAUGCAUUUUUCCUGCAAAAUACAGUAUGAUGGGACAAGCAAGCACAGUAAAUCCAAAUGAGGAAGACUUAUCAUUUUUAAUGGGAAACAUUCAAGUAAGAGGACGAAGUAUUAGUACUAGCACUACUCCUAAAAUAGAUAUGAAUUCUACUUUUGUAAGAACUGAUAGUAGAACAGAGCAUAAUAAUUCACAAAGAAAAAGAUCUGUACUUUCAAAUGGAAAAUCAGAAAAUGGAAAGGAUAUGGUCACUUGUAAUUCUAUUCUUGAAGAAUUUUUCACUGAUACAAUUCUUCAAAAACAUGCUGCUAAAUUAUUAUUUAAUUAUAAGCUAAGAGCACUUGGAUAUUUUGCUGCUCGAUUAGACUUUCAUUUAGUUGAAUGGUUAGCAAAAGAACGUAAUGGAGCAGCUAGGAUUGAUAACUAUAUUGUGGCCUUGCGAAGUCUUUAUACUGAUUUUUCCAUAACAAGACCAUUAACUCCUAUCCAGAAACGUUCUCCACCACCAUCUGGUAUGUUGUUUAACAUAGACAAACCUAAAUGGGUAGAUGGAGGUAGUGCUGUUGGAGAUAGUGGCUAUAUGAGUUGUCAAGAUGUUCCUCAGAUUUCUUCUCAAUAUCCACAAGAUGGAUUCCUUACAGGAAUUGAUGAAGCUAGUACUGUUAGUGAAUCUGAAGAUGCUUUAUUGUGGAAUGAAGAAAGAACACAAGCUAAUAUUGACAACUGGAAUAUUAUUCCUAAUGCACAUAUGCUAGAACAACUUUCUAAUGAGCAUUUAUCACAAGACACUUCAAAAGCUGAAGUGCAACUUAGAUAUUUGCUGCAAUUAUUAUUUGAAGCUGGUUGUUUGGAAUGGAGCUUUAUUGUAUCAGUGUUUCUUCGUGAUGCAUUAGCUGUACAAAGGCUUAUAUCUAUUUCCCGGUCACCGGAACACAGUUAUGAAUCUGUAUCUAGAUUAAAACAAGCGUUUAUUUUAUUAUAUCAAUGGAGCUGCAAUGAAUGUUUUGGCUAUCGACCAUUUAUGUCUACUUGCCAAGCUCAAUUGGGUAUAUUAAACCGAAUUAUAGCAUCUAAACAGCCAGCUCCUACUGUAACUCCACAAGCAUCAUCGUCUUCACUGACCAGUGUUCUUACACAAUCAUCUAGAUCACGAUCAGCAAGUGAAGGUACUGGUGGUAGUCAUACUACGUCAGAAAUAACUGAUCACAGCUUACAAGCAGAUUGUCAUUCAGCUAUUGCACUAGAUUCUAGCUGUGAUGAAACUCCAGACAAUACACCUAAUUUUGAUACAACAUCUGUUGUAAGCUUGCAAUCACCUAAUAGCUGUUCACUAUCUUAAUGGUUGUCAAUUAGUAGACUUUAUGAAAAUAAAUGUUAUUUUCAUAGUUAUGUAUUGUAGUAUAACAAUACAUUUUAAAUGUGCAAUAUAAUUCCAAAUUGUUUGCCAUAGAAUAUCGACUGAAUUAAAUAUUUAAAAAAAACAUUCAUUUAAGUGCCUACUAAUUGAAAAAAUCAAAAGUAUAAUAAAA